AUAUGUUGCCUCUUCCUCUACUUCAGUUUCAAUCUUUCUUGACUUGGGAUUCCCUGAAAAUGAACAUGGACAUGGAGGUAUCAACGUCGUUCCAUGAUUUUCUCUAUCGCAUGCGACACCCUGCUUCCCUCGACCUCGUUCGAUCCAUCAAGAGCUUUAUAGUAUCAUUUUCAUUUCACCAACCAAAACCUGAAAAUGAUGGGAAAAGAGUACAAGACUUCUUUGUGUCAAUGGAAGCUGCAAUCAGAGAUCAUUCACUGUGGACUACUGCCUCCGAAGAAGACAUUGAUUGUGCAAUGCAGGGUUUAGAGAAAUAUAUAAUGACUAAAUUGUUCUCUCGAACAUUCUCUGCUUCUGCUGAGGAUGCAAAGAUUGACAACGAAAUCUCAUCGAAAAUAUGCUUGCUCCAAACCUUUCUAAAGCCUGAACAUUUGGAUAUACCACCAAUUCUCCAAAAUGAAGCCUUAUGGCUGCUUGCAGAGAAAGAAUUGCUGAAAAUCAAUGCCUUCAAAGCUCCUCAUGAGAAACUCUUGAGCAUUAUGAAUUGCUGCAGGAUCAUCAACAAUCUAUUGCUCAAUGCUGCAAUGUCGGAGUAUGUUCCAGCUGGGGCAGAUGGCUUUCUCCCUGUGCUCAUAUAUGUUACAAUCAAGGCAAAUCCUCCAAAGUUGCAUUCUAACCUCAAAUUCAUCAAGUUGUACACAAGGCAAGCAAAACUCAUCUCCGAAGCUGAAUAUUAUUUCACAAAUCUUGUGUCAGCUAAGACAUUUAUAGUUGACUUAAAUGCCAAAUCACUUUCAAUGGACGAAAUCAAAUAUAAGGAGAGCAUGCAAGCAGCCAAGUUGACCAAUAAAGUCACAAGUGAAUUAUCCUCUGCAUGUCAAAUGAGCCAGCAAGAGAAGGACGAUAGCAGUUGUUCAAAGAAAAUGCACAACAAACUUGAUGAUACUGGAGUUUUGCAACAUGGAUCAAACUAUCCUUACAUGGAAGCAAAGAGCAAAGAGCUAACAGUUGGAGAUGUGGACAUGUUAUUAAGUGAUUACAAGGAUUUAGUUGCUAAGUACACAAUCCUGUGCAAAGCUAUUGGUUGCCUUUCCACCGCAGAGAGAGAACCCCUCCUUCGUCAUCUAGAAAUGCAAGGACCAGAAACUCUACUUAAUUUCACAGCACCGUCGGAUCAUCACAGACACAAGUGAUCCACACCCACAAAAAGAUAAUUAAUUGACAAUAAUGCCCAUGUGUGUAUAUAUUUAUGUAAUUGUUUUAGACUUUUAGUUCUAUCAAUUUUUUUAAAA